ACACUGAUGUCGCUUUUUGAUGCCGUGCCGCCUGAGGGAUCGAAGGUCACGGGCAUUCAAUGUUGGGUUUUCGGCCUUGCCGCUUACAUGCGGUCAUUUCUCCAGAUUCUCUGACCUUUUGAUGAUAUUCUGGACCGGAGAUGACGAAAUCCCUAAAUUCCUUGCAAUUGUACAUUGAGGAACAUUGUCCUUAAACUGUUGGACUAUUUUCUCACGCACUUGUUCACAAAGAGGUGAACCUCGCCCCAUCUUUGCUUGUGAAUGACUGAGCAAUUGAGGGAAGCAAUCACGGCACCCACCUGUUCCCAAUGAGCCUGUUCACCUGAGGGAUGUUCCCAACAGGUGUUUGAUGAGCAUUCCCCAACUUUCUCAGUCUUUUUCGCCGCAUGCCUGCCCCAGCUUUUUUGGAACGUGCCGCAGCCAUCAAAUUCUAAAUUCCUGAUUAUUUUGCUCAAAACAAUCCAGUUGAUCACUUUGAACAUGAAAUAUCUUCCACAAGUUGGAUUCACUGGCGUCGCAAUCCUAUUUCAACCAUAUUUAUGCUUGCUGAAGUUGUUGAAUGUCUUUCUUGUGGUGCUGAAACAUACGAAAUACAGGCCCUUCCUUUCCUUGCAUGUUUUUGCUCUUCUCGGAAACAUCGCGGGAAGAGUGUUGGGAUCAAAAGUCGUUCAGGAUUAAUCGUUAAUAGCCUACUGAAUGACGACGCUGUGACGUAGCGGCCUCAGAUUUGAAUAUGGCGGGCGCUUUUCCUCAUUGCGGAUCUCGGGCAAGGAAUGUCGGCGGUCUGCCAGCGUCAUCUUUUCUGGAUCCCCUGAGGGAGCGAGGAAAGAGGUCACACUUAAACUUAGCAACAAGUGUCACGUGAGAGGGAUUGAUAUUUUGUCUGCUCCUAAAAUGAAGGGACGUCGGGUGGUGACGUAUUCACAGUGGGAACAACUCGGAACGUUUUCGCCAUCCUCUCCUGUUGUGCAAUACGCAUUUGGGUCGCUAGGUGUCAGUGUCGGGGCGUGCGCGCAUCGGUGUUCACGUGACUUCAUUUUUCUACCCCGGCGCCACUUGGCAACAUUCGCGCAGGCGUGAUCUCCGUGUCUGCGUCUCCGUCGUCAUUUGUCAUUUGUCAAGCAGAUGGCUUAGCGGAGGAACAUUUUCUGCACACUCCACAUUUGUAUUUGGUUUUUUUUUGGACCAACCAGCGCGGCUGCUUUCCUCCGACGGGACGAGUGCCGUUGUUUUUUUUGUCUUUUCUUGUCACCAUGGAACAAAGAGGCGCGCGUGGAAGGGCGCGACGCUGUUCGCUGGGAUUUGCGGCCGCGCUGCUUUUGUGCGGCGUGACUUCGGCGCAGUUAAGAUACUCCAUCUCCGAGGAAGUCGACGAAGGAACUGUGGUCGGAAAUGCUGCAAAAGACCUCGGAUUGGAUCGAAAUACGCUGAAGGAGCGCAGGUAUCGGAUUGUGUCGAGUCGCGCGGAGCCUCUUUUCCACGUGAGUCAGGCCGACGGCGUCCUCUACGUCAGCAGGAAGAUCGACAGGGAAAAGGAGUGUCCGCAAAGCACGACGUGUCUGAUCAACCUCAAAACGGUGCUGGAAAGCCCACUGGAGGUCCACUAUGUUGGCGUGGAAAUAUUAGACGUGAACGAUCAUUCCCCCGGAUUUCCAGAGGAAGAAACAAAGUUAGAUAUUUCCGAGUCGGUGGUGCCCGGGGCACGAUUUCAGCUUCGGGCUUCUCAUGACGGCGACAGCGGUCACUUUUCUGUUCAGCAAUAUAAACUCAGCGACAAUAAUUAUUUCCGCUUGGAAGUGAAAGAUAAAGGAAAAGAUGGGAAAAUCCCCAUACUGGUUGUCAAAAAAUCGUUAGACAGGGAAGCAACGGGACACAUUUCACUCGUGUUAACUGCACUGGAUGGAGGAAAGCCUCCAAAGACGGGCGGAAUGAAUAUUUCAAUAAACGUGCUCGACGUUAAUGACAAUGCGCCUAUUUUCUCUGAAGAGAUGUAUUCUGCGAUGCUCAGUGAAAAUGCGGCCAUAGGGACGACUGUCAUUCAAGUGAGCGCAACGGAUCUCGAUGAAGGCCUGAACGGAGAAGUCGUUUAUUCCUUCAGCAAGAAUAGUCCAAAUAUAAUGCAGUUAUUUGACAUGCUUGAGAAUACAGGCGAGAUUGUUGUCAAAGGCCCGAUAGACUAUGAGGAGAAUGACAUGUUUGAAAUUGAAAUCCAAGCGUCAGAUAAAGGUUCUGUGCCUCUCACAACGGAGAAAAGCGUCCUCAUCAAGAUCGUCGAUGUGAACGACAACGCGCCUGAGAUGGAAGUCACGUCGUUUUCCAGCUCCAUUCCGGAAGAUUCCAGACUAGGAACCACAGUCGCUCUCAUCAGUGUGAACGACUUGGAUUCUGGCCUGAACGGGAAAGUGAUUUGCUCCCUAAGCGAGGAUGUUCCUUUCGCCUUGUCGCCGUCGUUACAAGACAAAAUGUAUUCUUUGGUGACCAAAUCCCGUCUGGACCGCGAGAAAAGCUCCACGUACGAUAUAUCGGUCGUCGCAAGAGACGCCGGUCGACCCGCACGCUCAUCCGAGAAGACGAUCGGUCUUUGCAUUUCAGACGUGAACGAUAACAGUCCCGAGUUUCCCGUCGGUCCUUAUGCUUUCUAUAUUGCCGAGGGCAACGACGCCGGGGCCCCCGUCUUCUCCGUCCAAGCCUUCGAUCGCGACGCCAACGAGAAUGCCGCCGUUACGUAUCGAAUUCUUCGAGAGGGGAGAGAAGAAAAUACACCGUCUUCAUUUCUAAGUAUAAAUAGCGAAACCGGGGAAGUGACGGCGCUGAAGAGUUUUGACUUUGAGGCGCUGAAAAGCUUCCAGUUCCAGGUGUCGGCCACCGACGGCGGAAGUCCUCCGCUGAGCGGCAACGUGACGGUCAAGGUGUUCAUUCUGGAUCGGAACGACAACGCUCCGGUCAUCCUGUAUCCGCUCAGCUCCAACGGUUCCGCCCGAGGCGCCGAGGAGAUUCCCCGCAAUGCCAAAGCGGGAGACUCGGUGACUAAAGUCCGAGCCUACGACGCCGAUACGGGAUAUAACGGCUGGCUGCUGUUUUCGCUGCGGCCGCUCGGCGAGCGCGCUCUCUUUUCUCUGGACCGCUAUACGGGCCAGAUCAGAACACUUCGCCCGUUCACCGAGACGGACGAGGCCGAGCAUCGACUGCUCGUACUGGUCAAAGACAACGGCGACGUUUCGCUCUCGGCGACGGCUACCGUGACCGUCAAACUGGCCGAGCCCAAAGAGGCUUUGGCGGCUUCCGACCACGCGGGAAGCGCGGCCGAAGCGGACGGGCGCGAGGACCGGGUGACUUUUUAUCUGGCGCUGACUUUGGGCUCGGUCUCGCUGCUUUUGGUCAUCGCCGUGGUGGUGCUGAUCGCCAUGCGCUGCUCCAAAUCCGCAGAGUACACGUCCAAAUAUCUCCAAGACGCUCAUUACGACGGCACGCUGUGUCACAGCAUCCAGUACAGAUCGGGAGACAAACGCUACAUGUUAGUCGGACCCAGGAUGAGUGUUGCUUCCGCCGGCGCCCCGGGCAGCCACGCCGGCACGCUGGUGCUGCCCGACGCCAGACGUGCGGCCGCAGGGGAGGUAAGACAAUACAACAGUUCUUUGUGUUAUAUGCGUGUGUGCUUCGGAUAUUCUGCUUUCACUGGUGUGACAGAUGUUUGUAAAUGGUACAAUCGUAAAAGAACAAGAAGAGGGUGCAGUGUUUGA